GACAGUUAAGGGGUAGUGAAAAGUGAGUUUACGGAGAUAGACGCGGACAGCAAAAAGAAACAGACUUGAGGACCGUAAGAUAUUUUUGAAGGCUGAAUAUUUGAUGGCCAUGGCUGACGACCAGCAGCAAUUUUGCCUACGAUGGAACGACUUCCAGUCCAAUAUGGUGAACUCCUUCAAGCAUCUACGGGAUGAGAAGAGUUUCACUGACGUCACUUUGGCUUGUGAAGGGCAAACCUGCAAAGCCCACAAAAUGGUGCUCUCAGCUUGCAGCCCUUACUUUAAAUCUCUGCUCGAGGAAAACCCUUCAAAACAUCCCAUCAUCAUUCUAAAAGAUGUUCCCUUUGCUCAUUUGCAAGCCAUUCUAGAAUUCAUGUAUGCUGGUGAAGUGAAUGUGGCUCAGGAUCAGCUCCCGGCAUUCCUCAAAACGGCCGAGAGACUCAAAGUGAAAGGCUUGGCUGAAGUGCCACCUGUGGUCAAAAAGGAGAGAUAAAGGGGGAUUUCUAGUUCCUCGUGUGGGAGUUAUGCCCUUUUCUUCGCCCACACAAUCACCCUGCUGUUAAAUGUAAAACCUCUCUCUUUUCGUUUAUCUUUUUCUCAAAAAAAAAAUCACCCGUUUCAUCGAAAAACAGAAAAGCAAAAAAAAACUUACCUUUGGGUGCCGUAUUACAAACAGCCAUAUGCUAACACUUCGGUUUUACUUCUCUCUUUCUCCCUUACUUGAUUGAGCAAAUUUUUUGCCCUUCAUGAUCUGUCUUUGUUUUAAUACUGUCAGAUUCCACUUUGAAUCGCUCUCCGUCUUAAGAUUCUAGGAGUAUCGUUUUCUAAACUUUACUGGAGCAGAACCAAACUCUUUAACGAAAUGGAGUAUCAGCGAUUCGUUUUUAUUAGUAUUUUUUUUCUCGCUAAUAUUGGGGGCUUAUCUUUUUUCUGUUAUAACAUGGUCGUCUCCAAUAUGGAGCAGGUGGAUUACAGAAUUUAAUGAAAGAAAAGCGAGUUAAGAAAAGAAAUUGGAGGUAUCGGGCUAUCAGUGAUCAUCACCAAUGUCGGUUUCUUUCGACUUGUUCCUUGUUGGUGAAAAAACAAAGAUUGGAACACCUUUUUUUUCGAGACUUGUAAAAUGUGUGGCAUUCUGUGAAUCAAGUGGAAUAAAAGUUUCAUUCAGGUUUGA